AUGAGGAAUUGCAUUAGAUCAGCUUUUCGUUAAAAUCCUUAACUCCGAGGUGCAUGGUCUUAAAACUAUUUAUAAAAGCCUGGAGAAGGAGCAUUAAAAAAUGUCACUUUGAUUCCUGGAGUAGGAAUUGGACCUGAAAUAACAAAUAGUGUAAAGACUGUCUUCGAAGCAUUACACGUUCCAAUCAAAUUCGAUGUGUUAGACAAUUUCAAUUUCGAGAAUGACGAUUCAAAGAGUCAACUUAGAAAAAAUGAAUGCAUUCUUUUAGGUGUGAUGACUGAGAAGAAUUAGAAAUAUACAGACAACUACAAGUUCUAUAAAUACUUAGACUUAUAUUCCAAUAUUACUUUUGCCUUCUCUGUGGAAGGAAUAACACAAAGACAUAAUAAUACAGACAUAGUCGUGAUAAGAGAAAAUACAGAAGGUGAAUACUCAGGUGUCGAACAUGAAGUCUAUCCAGGAGUUGUAGAAUCAAUCAAAGUGACCACAAAACAAGCAUCUCUAAGAAUAGCUGAAUAUGCAUUUGAGUUCGCUCAUCUUAGUGGCAGAAGAAAGGUCACAGCUGUCCAUAAAGCUAAUAUCAUGAAGCUUGUUGAUGGACUAUUCUUAUAGGCCUGUAGAGAAGUGGCUCAAAGAUACUCUUUUAUUAAAUAUGAAGAAAUGAUCAUUGAUAAUUGUUGUAUGUAAUUGGUCAAAAACCCAACUCAAUUUGAUGUGAUGGUCAUGCCAAAUCUUUAUGGAUCUAUUGUAUAAAAUGUUGUGGCUGGUAUCACCGGAGGAGUUGGUAUGGCUGCUGGAGCAUCAAUUGGUAAAGAUCACGCUCUCUUUUCCCAAGGUUGUAGACAUACAGGAAGAGAUAUCGCAGGCAAAAAUGUUGUGAAUCCUUCUGCUAUGCUAGUAUCUUCCACUCUUUUGUUAAGACAUCUAGGCUUACCAAACUUUGCUGAUUAAAUUUGCAGAGCUGUUUAACAUACUAUCUAAGAUAAAAAAAUUAAAACUAAAGAUAUUGGUGGUAAUGCUACAACAGAUCAAUUUACAAGCGAAGUGAUUAGAAGCUUAGGAAGAUGAUAUUUUUAUAUAUUAAGUCAUCACAUCUGUAUUUAUUAUCAUUAUCACAACAUUCAUC